AUGAAUAGAAUGCGCUUAAAUUCGGAUUAUAUUCCGCUGAUUGAUGAAGAAGCACCGCGUUAUCGAAUAGUCAUUCCGUUUAAAAAACUAGCGUGGUUCACGGUCGCGCUACCAUUUUUUGGAUUUAUUUUCUGUGUUGUGUGGUCCGUUACUUAUAACUUUGAACAUGCUACUUCAACUCACUGCAAUGUAUACAACGUUUUGCCGUCAAUAUCUGCGGCUAUUGGUCACUAUGAACCGCAGAGAGAUGUUUGGAAAACAGCAAUUGCUAUCCAAGCAGUUAUUAGAGCUUUAAUAUUUGUUAUGUACUAUUACUAUUAUCAACAAACUACAUACAGAUGGGCGCAAGGAGUUAUUAACAUUGCGCUGUUUAGUUAUGCUGUUGAAAAUAUUUCAUUGGUUACACUGAGCUUCUGGACUUCUAAUCAAAACUACGCUUUCCACAAAUUAUCCUUUAUCACAUUCUUGUUAAUGUCUUUCGUGCAUAUGAUGGUAGCAACUUAUAUAUGCAAAAACUGCCGAAGUACCCCUCGAGAUCCCUCUGAAUCAAAAUCAAGUGUUUUAAAAGUUCGAGCUAUGCUUCUGAACGUCAUAUCAAUUUUAUCAGCUUGUUAUUUCUUCUGGAGACACAAUCGAUACUGCGAACCUUUUGUUUACUCAAUGUUCGCUUUCUCAGAAUACAUGGUCGUUAUGACCAACAUGCUGUUCCAUUUAACAGCAGCAUGGGAUUUUGCUGAACGGAGGCUAUUAAUAUCUACCAGAGGUCUGAGAAUUGUUUGA